AUGGAGUCCUUCAAUUCUACUGUCCUUCCCCAGAUGGCUUCAUAUGCGGAUUUCAUCAAGCUAGCUCAUCAAAACCCCAACCUAUCCAGCUUGGAAAACCUCUGGGAGGCUUACUACUCCUACUGGAACAACGAUAUCAUCGCCACGGGAAUUAUCACGUUCAUCGCCCAUGAACUCAUUUACUUCGGCCGCUGCCUCCCAUGGAUCAUCGCCGAUGCGAUGCCAGGUACCUUCAACCGAUGGAGGAUACAAGAUCACAAAUCACCGCCCUCAGUAGCGACCCAAUGGAACUGCACUAAAUAUAUCCUUGCCAUCCACUUCAUCGUCGAACUUCCUCUGAUUGUCCUCUUCCACCCUCUGAUGGACCUCUGCGGCCUCAAAUAUACCUCCCCCUUCCCAGACCUCAAAUCUGUAGCCGCCCAACUCGCCAUCUUCUUCAUUGUUGAGGAUACCUACCACUACUGGCUGCACCGCGCCUUCCAUUGGGGGCCCCUGUACCGCUCCAUCCACCGUAUUCAUCACCAAUACGCGACUCCUUUCGGUCUCACGGCCGAAUACGCCAGUCCCUGGGAAACCCUCCUGCUCGGUCUUGGCACGAUCGCCCCACCGCUGGUUCUCGGUUACUUUACAGAGAACGUGCAUCUGAUCACUGUAUUGGUAUGGAUGGGUCUGCGCCAAGUACAGGCUAUCGACUCGCACUCGGGAUAUGAUUUCCCCUGGAGCCUGAGACGAAUCAUCCCCUUCUGGGGUGGAGCUGACUGGCAUGAUGACCAUCAUCGUUACUUUGUGGGUAAUUACUCUAGCUCGUUCCGCUAUUGGGAUAUCUUGAUGGGCACUGUUGCUGGCCCCAAGAAUGGGCGUGAGCAUAGACGCCGGGAUUAG